AUGUGGUCGAUCGGGGCAGUCAUCGCUAGACACGAAGCCGGUCUCACUACUGACAGCGAGCGCGUGGCCAUGGAGGAGGAGAGAGCGGCCGCGGCGGUGGCGAGCGGAGUGCCGCCUGGAGCCGGAGGCACGGAGGAGGCCUCUCGGGGCAUGGCGGGCGCGACGACGAUGAAGGUGGUGGCGGCCGUGGACGCGAGCGAGGAGAGCCUGCGCGCGCUGUCGUGGGCGCUGGACCACGUCGUCCGGCAAAACCCCGGCGCGUCCGUCGUCGUCGUCCACGCCCACCGCGCCGAACACUUCGUCUACCCGGUCGCCGCCCACGGUCUAGCGUACGCUCCGCCCAUGGCGGUGGACUCCAUGAAGAAGACGCAGGAGGAGAACGCCCGGAGGGUGGUGUCCCGCGCGCUGGAGGUGUGCGCAGAGAGGCAGGUGACGGCCAAGGCGGCGGUGGUGGAGGGCGACCCGAAGGAGGCCAUCUGCCAGGCGGUGGAGGAGAUGCACGCCGACCUGCUCGUCCUCGGCAGCCGCGGCCUCGGCAUGAUCAAGAGGGCGUUGCUGGGCAGCGUGAGCGACUACCUCGCCCACCAUGCGAGCUGCCCCGUUCUCAUCGUGAAGCCUCCCAAAGCGCACGCCAAGGGAACCGGAAGCUCCGCCUAAGCUGCUGUUGGAUCGUCUGUCAAGCGUCAACCACAACCAGUAGCACUGAACUUGUUCGCAACCAGUGUUAAGUGUGCCUUGUAUCACCUGUGCAGGAGUACACAAGCAGUGUAGAAAAGUAGAAACUGAAUAAUGAACUGUUGUACUGCUA